AUGCAGGCAAUCGAGCGGACGGCAGCCGACUCGAAAGCAAAAUUCCCUCCUGUUUUGGACAUCAUUCUUGCUCUGCAAGAUAUUCUCGCACAUUCACAAGUGCCCAUUCCAGACCUCGAAACCCCAUACUCCCAAGUCACACCCCCCAAUGCGAACUACAUUGCCAUCGAGCUCAAAGAUCGGACCGUCAUCGGCACCAUCAUCAUUGAACGCCACCAACAGCUAGAUGUAUGGAAAGCCAGACGGCCGCGCUCCCAAGCCAGACAGCCGCGCUCUGUCACGGGUCUGCAAUAG